AGAGGACGCAGGGUUUAAGCCCCAAGGUUUUUGCUUCUUCUCUUCUUCAACCUCUGUUCACCUCACACCCAAAACGCCGCCGUUUCAGCUGUUGGAGUUUCACGGCAACCAUCCAAGUAAGCUCUCGAAUAUCCCCUUCUCUAUCUAUUCCAGGGUUUAUUCAAUCACUGAUAAUGUUCUCUAGUUGAUGAAGCUUAAACCCAGAAAAAUGACCUAAACCCAGUGACCUCCCAAUCCCAAAAUGCAUCGCCGCCUCUCCAUUUUCACCCACAAGAUUCUCACAAAUCCCAAUUGUAUCUCCACCACCACCAAAGUCAGCUCCUUUAGUCCUAGAACCAACAGGUUAGGUUUACUGCGAUUGCUUUCGUAUACCCCAUUGAAUCGUCGCCCUGCUGAUCCUGAAGACCCGUCCAAUUUGAUAAAGGAGGAUGGGGUUUCGAUUUUGUCCCAAAUGUGGAUUGAGAAUUUUCGAGAACCUGAUAGGAUUGUGACCAAUUUGACCUCUUACAUUCGGAGAUUCGAGCUCUGGGUGUUGGCUUAUCAGAAGGUCUGUGCCGACGAUAUGGGGGCUUACAUGCCCCGAAGUUCGAUACAGAGGUCGGCACUUGAGGACUUGUUAGGACUUAGAAAUGCUGUUCUUGAUGGGAGGUUUAGGUGGGGAGCUAGGCUAGAGUUUUAUAUUAAGUCACCCAAGGAUAAGACCGAGUACGAGUCUUUGUCGAAGAGGAAAAUUAAGGCCAUUUUGACCACCACGCAGCCGUCCCCGUUUCAAGAUAAGUUGGUUCAGGAGGUGUUGUUGAUGGUGUUGGAGCCGAUAUACGAAUCUCGGUUCUCGCAGAAGUCGUUUGCAUUUAGGCCAGGGAGAAAUGCACAUACUGCGUUGAGGGUGAUUAGGAGGAGUUUUGCAGGGUAUUUGUGGUAUAUAAAGGGGGAUUUGAGUACAGUGUUGGAUGGGAUGAAGGUGGGGUUGGUGAUUAAUGCUCUAAUCAGGGAUGUGAGGGAUAAGAAGGUAGUUGAUUUGAUUAAAACGGCAUUGGUUACACCGGUGAUUACUAGUAAUGAUGAUGGUGUAGUGAAGAAAAAAAAGUCGAGGAAGUAUCAGAAGAAGAGGGUGCUGGCAGAGGAUGAACCGAAGCCAGACCCUUAUUGGUUGGAGACGUUUUUUGGGUUUGCUCCUGAGGAGGCAGAGAAACUUCCUUCUUGGGGGCAUUGUGGGAUACUCAGUCCCCUUUUGGCUAAUAUUUGUCUAGAUGAAUUGGACCGCUGGAUGGAGGGAAAGAUUAAGGAGUUUUAUCAUCCGUCAAAGAGUGACGUCAUAUGGAAUUGCCCAGAAGGAGAAUCAGAACAGGGAAAUACGUCUUGGCCUGAAUUUGUGCCAACAAGUGGGCCAGAUAAGACCAGAAAGAUGGAUUAUAUAAGAUAUGGGGGUCAUAUUUUGAUUGGUGUUCGAGGACCUCGAGCAGAUGCAGCCACAUUGAGAAAACAGUUGAUUGAGUUCUGUGAUCAAAAGUAUAUGCUCAAGCUAGACAAUGAGAGCCUCCCUAUAGAACACAUAACUAAGGGUAUAUUGUUUCUUGAUCAUGUGUUGUGUCGCAGAGUUGUCUACCCAACGCUCCGUUACACUGCUACUGGUGGGAAAAUUAUUAGUGAGAAGGGUGUAGGCACUCUUUUAUCAGUUACAGCAAGCUUGAAACAGUGCAUCAAGCAAUUUAGGAAACUGAGCUUUCUGAAGGGGGAUAGGGAUCCUGAUCCACAGCCUUGUUUCAGAAUGUUCCAUGCCACUCAAGCUCAUACUAAUGCACAAAUGAACAAGUUUCUGUCAACAAUGGUCGAGUGGUAUAGGUAUGCAGAUAAUCGCAAAAAAGUUGUAAACUUUUGUGCUUACAUUCUACGGGGUUCACUAGCAAAGCUUUAUGCCGCAAAAUACAAGCUCCGUUCACGUGCAAAGGUGUACAAGAUUGGUGAUAGGAAUCUGAGUCGUCCUUUGAAGGAGAAAAAGGGGCAGUCACCCGAGUACCAUAAUUUGUUGAGGAUGGGUCUUGUUGAGUCAAUUGAUGGGCUUCAGUAUACCAGGAUGUCUCUUGUACCUGAGACUGAUUACACCCCUUUCCCAAGUAACUGGAGACCUGAACACGAGAAGGCAUUGCUUGAAUAUAUAAGGCUUGAUGAUCCAAAAACGUUAGAGGAGCAGCGCAGGUGUAUCAUGGAUCAAGGUCUUGUUUCUCCGCAGGAUUACAUCUCAAUGCUUGUUUGGAACUACAAGAGAAGUGCUAUUCCGUUGGAUCAGUUUACAUUUGUCAAAAGUGGCAGCAGUGACAUUGAAAGAGAUAAGCAAUUGCUGCUUGGUUCAAAUCAGGAUAACCUUGAGAACAGAACUACAGAAGAGGAGGAAAAGGGUGAAGGGUUUUGUGUAUCACAAUUGUAAAAAUUUUUACUGGCAUAUUAACAAGCUGAAGUUAUUCAGGGCACAUGUUCAUGUUAGCCUUUUACUGGCUAAGCUGGCAAGUUAUAGAAAUGUUAGUUAAAAUUUUAGAGUUA